CGAUGUUGGAACUGGUCACAAAGGCUAAGCCUGAUAGAUUUGAUGAAACAUGUUCUUGUCUUAUAGGUCGUCUGACGAAUCGGCCUGUGGUUGCACCUUGUGACAUUAUCUGCUUCGGUGUGCAGGUCGCUUUGGUUAUGGAGGACCCAAAUCAGGGUCAGGUUUUCCUCACUCAGCAAGGUGAUGCCGCGCAAUCCCUGCUUGAUCUUCUCCAAGCACUCCUUAGCUAUCCGAAGCUCAACAAUGAGAUGCGACGCAUCUUCCGUUACGCGCUCACCAAGCUCGCCACAAAGUCAGGACGAUAUCCGCAGUGCCUGCACCUGAGGAAUCUGGCCUGGGACGGUAUCCCAAUCUCCAGCGGUCAUUUCGGCGACCUAUUCAAAGGGAGUGUCAUCGGGAGACCGGACCGACCUGUAGCUGGAAAGGUCGUCAGAGUGUACGAACACGGGUCGAGAGUUCGAUUCCUUAAAAACUUUGCGAACGAGGCUGCGGUGUGGAGCCAGCUUAGGCACCCGAACGUUGUUCCUCUGUAUAGUGUAUUCUGGAAGGAGAGCGCUCCGUGCUUAGUGUCGCCGUUCGUGGAAAACGGAAACUUACGCGCAUACCUGAAACAGAAUCCGGUUGCAGACAGGAAGCUUCUCGCGCUUGAUAUUGCGCGUGGUUUGGAGUACCUUCAUGGCGAAAAGCCCACUAUCAUCCAUGCGGACAUCAAAGGGGACAACGUUUUGAUAACGAAAAGUGGACACGCCUGUCUCGUCGAUUUUGGGCUGUCGACGGCAAAAGAUGCUGGUCUUGUCCAAGUCCCAAGUACGACGCCUGCUAUUCAUGCAGCUGCAUGGACAGCCCCCGAGAUUCUCGAACAUCAUUCCCUGGUCAACAGUAGAGGUCACGGACAACAUACGACGAUGAGUGACAUGUACUCCUUCGGCUGCGUCUGUUACGAGAUCUUCUGCAAUCAAAUACCCUUCUUUGGAAAAUACGACUGCAUAAGUCUCGUCAAGCAAGGCAAAUGCCCUGAACGUUUGAUACGUUAUACUUGGACGAUGACCGCCUAUGGGAGUUCAUGAUGUGCUGUUGGAGCCGUACUCCAUGUGAGCGCCCCAGUGCAAAUGAUGCGAUACAGUUCUUUCGUGGUCUUCUGUGUGAUGUACAAGACACUCGGGAGACGCACGAAUGGGAUUUCUCAGUUCUGUCAGACAUAGUGGCUGAGACGGAGCACCUAUUCUCUCUGAACAUAAAUGAUGCCCCGUCGAUAUAAAGGCGCCUACCCGUUUGACGCUGGGAUCUAGCUCAAUUGCAUAAUACCCCCGUAUGACUCAGGUUACUAUCAUUCCCGCGGGUAAUGACUCACCCAACGUGUAUUUUUGGUCAGAUACGUCCCCUUCUUUAUCGUAAACUUUGCGGAUGGUUCUUAUCGACA